AUGAUGUCUUGCUCAUUGCUUAGACCAGCGCUAGUCGCUAAUCAUGCUUCAUCUCGUGCGACAGAUGGGCUCGCUCGUCGCGCCGCGUCGCGUGUUUUAGAAUGGUCAACUCAGACACAUCCUGGAGGGGUGACUGUGAGCUGUUGCCGACGAUGGAAUAGUACACACAUAAAGCAGCCUACUGUCUUACCAGCUUUACCCAAGAAGACGUUUGAAAGUAACUGGAAUGCUACAAACCGUACAAUCUCCAUUACAUCAUACUCAACUGUCGUUGACUCGCCGUCUACGCCAUCUAUACCAUACUCCAACCUUACCGUAGGUGUGCCUCGCGAGACGUUUACUAACGAGCGCCGUGUGGCUAUCUCGCCUCAAAAUGUUGCGCUAUUGAAGAAAAAGGGGUUCCGUAAUGUUUUGGUAGAGCGUGGCGCGGGCGCACAAGCUGACUUUCUGGAUGAAGCCUACAAGAAUGCUGGUGCUACUUUAGUGGACAGAGACAAUGUUUGGAGUCAAGCCGAUAUCAUCCUGAAAGUUCGAGGCCCCAAUGUCAACGAGAUUGAUAGCCUCAAGGAAGGGGCAACCAUCAUCUCGAUGCUUCAGCCCGCACAGAACAAGGAUAUCGUCGAGCGCCUCGCUGCACGUAAAGCUACCUCUUUCGCUAUGGACAUGAUUCCCCGCAUUUCUCGCGCACAGGUUUUCGAUGCUCUUAGCUCAAUGGCAAAUAUUGCUGGAUAUAAGGCAGUACUAGAGGCUUCUAACAAUUUUGGUCGUUUCUUGACUGGUCAGGUUACAGCAGCAGGAAAAAUCCCCCCUUGCAAGGUCCUUGUCAUUGGCGCUGGAGUUGCCGGUCUAAGUGCUAUCGCAACAGCUCGGAGAAUGGGGGCGAUCGUCCGUGGAUUUGACACGCGUUCUGCGGCAAGGGAGCAAGUACAAUCUCUUGGCGCUGAGUUCAUUGAGGUCGAGAUAGAAGAAGAUGGGUCCGGCGCUGGAGGUUAUGCCAAGGAAAUGUCUCCUGAGUUUAUCGCUGCCGAAAUGAAGCUUUUCACCGAACAGGCCAAAGAUGUCGACAUCAUUAUCACGACGGCUCUUAUCCCGGGAAAGCGUGCACCGAAAUUGAUUACCAAAGACAUGGUCGAGGUAAUGAAGCCAGGCUCAGUUAUUGUAGAUUUGGCUGCCGAAGCUGGAGGCAAUUGCGAAAUGACCCAACCUGGUAAACUAGCAACCUACAAUGACGUGAAAAUCAUUGGCUACACGGAUCUGCCAUCUAGACUACCUACGCAAUCGUCCACCCUGUACUCGAACAACAUCGUCAAGUUCCUUCUCUCAAUGGCACCACAGGAUAAGUCUUUUGGGGUUGACUUAAGCGACGAAGUCGUUAGAGGUGCUAUCGUCACGCGCAAUGGAGAAAUCCUACCACCAGCUCCUCGACCAGCUCCACCGCCAGCCCCUGCUGCCAAACCGGCUGCCAAGCCCGAGGAACAGGUAGUUGCGCUGACGCCUUUCCAGAAGACUUCUCGAGAAGUGGCUACCGUAACUGCUGGAAUGGGCACUGUUUUGGCACUUGGAAAACUCACAGGCCCAAUAUUCAUGGGAAAUGCCUUUACCUUCGGACUUGCUUCAUUAAUCGGUUACCGCGUUGUCUGGGGCGUUUCUCCUGCUCUCCACUCACCCUUGAUGAGUGUGACCAAUGCUAUAUCUGGAAUGGUUGGUGUUGGUGGUCUCUUCAUCUUGGGUGGCGGAUAUGUCCCUGAGACGGUCCCGCAAGCUCUUGGCGCUGCUUCAGUACUCCUGGCCUUCGUAAACGUGUCGGGUGGUUUUGUUAUCACGAAAAGGAUGUUAGAUAUGUUUAAGCGUCCAACUGAUCCGCCUGAGUACCCAUGGCUUUACGCCAUCCCUGGCGUCCUUUUUGGAGGCGGCUAUCUUGUGGCAGCAUCCACUGGUGCCGCCGGACUCGUGCAAGCAGGAUACAUGGUCAGCUCUAUCCUCUGCAUCAGCUCCUUAUCAGGUUUGGCGUCUCAAUCUACAGCAAGAAUGGGGAACUUGCUUGGUAUCCUUGGUGUCGGCUCCGGUGUUCUUGCUUCUCUGCUCGCCGUCGGAUUUACCCCUGAAGUUUUGACUCAAUUCGGUAUUCUUGCUUCGGUCGGGAGCAUCCUUGGCUUCGUGAUUGGCAAACGUAUCACCCCAACAGACCUGCCGCAGACAGUUGCAGCGUUGCAUUCCGUUGUUGGUCUGGCUGCAGUACUGACUAGCAUCGGUAGCGUGAUGGGCGAGAUCUCGGAUAUUACGACUCUUCAUCUUGUGACGGCGUACCUCGGAGUACUGAUUGGUGGUAUCACAUUCACUGGAUCUCUUGUGGCCUUUAUGAAACUAGCCGGAAAGAUGUCGUCGAAGCCGUUGCAGCUUCCUGGCCGCCACCUGAUUAAUGGUAGCAUGCUUGCUGCCAAUGUGGGGACAAUGGGCGCUUUCAUUACCAUGGCCCCUGGCUCACCAAUGAUUGCUGCCGCUGCACUCGGUGCAAACACGAUCCUCUCGUUUGCUAAGGGGUUUACAACAACCGCAGCAAUCGGCGGCGCUGACAUGCCAGUGGUGAUUACUGUCCUCAACGCGUACAGUGGCUUUGCUCUAGUGGCAGAAGGGUUCAUGUUGGAGAACCCACUUCUAACCACCGUGGGCGCCCUCAUCGGAGUCUCUGGUUCAAUCCUCUCCUAUAUCAUGUGCGUAGCAAUGAAUCGAUCUCUCACAAACGUCCUUUUCGGUGGAAUAUCUGCCCCUACGACAAGCGAGUAUAAGAUUGAGGGAUCGGUAACCCAGACAAACGUUGAAGAUACAGCCGAUGCUCUUAUCAAUGCAGAAAGUGUCAUCAUAAUCGUAGGCUAUGGAAUGGCAGUUGCGAAAGCACAAUAUGCUAUUAGCGAGAUUACGAGUAUGUUGCGAGCUAAAGGCAUCAAGGUUCGCUUCGCUAUUCACCCUGUCGCAGGGCGUAUGCCAGGACAAUGCAAUGUUUUGCUGGCGGAGGCGAGCGUGCCGUACGAUAUUGUGCUGGAAAUGGACGAGAUAAAUGACGAUUUUGGCGACACCGAUGUCGCGCUUGUUAUUGGUGCUAACGAUACCGUCAACCCGAUUGCUCUUGAACCAGGCAGUCCGAUUGCGGGUAUGCCAGUCCUCCACGCUUGGAAGAGCAAGCAGGUCAUUGUUAUGAAACGUGGUAUGGCUAGUGGUUACGCUGAUGUUCCUAACCCGAUGUUUUACAUGCCCGGAACGAAGAUGUUGUUCGGCGAUGCUAAAGUUACUUGCGAUGCCAUUAAAGCAGCUGUGGAGUCUCGAACGUAG